AUGACAAAGUCUUCACUUGAUACUUGGAAUUAUGCAUUGUUCUCACUUGAGUGCGCUCUCAACGUCGCAUUCUUUCCAGUUGUUCUAUUGGUUUUCUAUAUUUGCAUAUCACAAAUGAAUUUGCAUCGUAACUUCAGGGUCACCUUGUUCCUUAUAGCUGUUGGAUACCUUAUUUCCGAUAUAACUCGUAUAAUUAUCAUUAUAUCGCGUAUGUGUUGCAUUGCAUUGGAUAAUCCAUCCAAUAUGAUGACAUUAAUCCUGGUCCAAGGUAGUGGCAUGUAUCUAUCUAUGUUUGCAUGGUUACUACUGAUUAUUGAAAGGGCUAUCGCGUCAGUAUUUGUUGGUGUUUAUGAGGUUCAGUUCAGAGGUUAUGUAGCACCUGCGAUACUUUCUGGAGCUGUGCUCAUGCUGACGGCUGUACUUCUGAUUUUAUCGUCUUUUCUGAGUGCAGACAUGAACUUCAUCAUAAUGGGAAUGCAGAUAGGGAUUGUGGCACUUUCUUUCACGGCCUUGAUUGUGAUUAUCAUUUUCAACAAGGCCUCGUACAAAAAACGACAUGAUGCACGGAUUCAAUUAGCCAGUCGAUACCAACUGGAUGAGAAUAUUCGGGUCGGAAGGUAUCUGAUCCCAGUCGCCUGUAACGAUAUGUUGACGAAGGAGCAAAUUCAACGUGAUGCCUAUUGCCACUUUGCUGACCCUUUUGAAAUCCAUCUAGAAGCUUUUAUCUGUUUAGCUUGUUUUAAAGUGAAAAAUGAAGUGUGUCGAAUCUCUCAACGUCUAGAGAUACUGUUCCUUAUGCUGAUAACAUAUUCGAUUUUCUUUACGGACAUCCCUCUUGGACAGGACACUACUCAUCUUAGUCAUGCCUAUGACCUGUUAUCGGCAUAUCAACGAAUGUUUUUUGGUCUAGCCUUGACCAUACGCAGUGAGAAGUUCGAUCACAUUAUGAAACGCAACAAAAGAACGGCUGCAGCGGUCCAAAAUCAAAUUGCUGCAACUUCUAACUAUUAUGAUGAAUUGAAACAUAUGUGGUGA